AUGGCCCCCGACGCCGAGCUGCUGUCCGAAGCCGACGGCGCGUUCUACGCGUUCGCCGGCGUCAUGCUGGCGCUCUACAUCCUGCCGGCCUUCCUCUACACGCUCCACCGCUUCCUGCGCGCGCCCAAGACGCUCCGCUCGCUGUCGUUCGCGCUGCAUCUCGCGCUUCUGGCCGUCGCCUGCGGGCUCCUCCUUCGCUGUCUGUCUCUUCUCCAGCACGUGGACACGUCGGGCGUGUUCGACCCGUACGACAUACUGGGCGUCAGUGAAUCGUCUUCGUCUCGAGAGAUCAAGAAGGCGUUCCGCUCGCUCGGGCGACAGUUGCAUCCGGACAAGAACCUCCACGAUCCCAAGGCUGCCAGUGCCUUUGCACGUGUGACCAAGGCCUACGAAGCGCUCACGAACCCCAAAAGCAUGGAGAACUUCCAGAAAUACGGCCAUCCUGACGGCCGCCAAGCGCUGCUUUUUGACGUGGCGUUUGCCUCGACAUUUAGCAGCAGCAGCUCGGGCUCGAUCGUUGUUUUGCUGUACUUUGGCGCGAUGUUUGCUGGCGUGGCGUACUUUUUGUACUGGCUCCAGAAACGCUCUGGACGUCGAGAUCGGACCGCUGUCUCGCGCGCCACGCGCGAGCGUUUUGUCGCGGCGCUCACGGCCAAAAUGAGUCUCCACGACGUCGUGGAGCUGCUUUUGUCGUGUGACGAGAUGGUGGGUGCAGCUGCGGGGAUUCUGGACGACGCUCGGAACGAAGCCCAGCUCAGGACCAAGACGCACGAGAAACUGGCCAAGAGAAUGGACGUGGCCAGGGCGUUGCCCAGUGAUGUGAUUAGUCGCAUUCGCAAGCAUCCGGACCCUGUGGCGCGCGAAAAUAUGCUGGCGCUGUACCAGUUUUUACGUCGAGGGAAACUGCAGGGCGUGUCACGUCCAGCGUGGGUGGACCAGCGGUUUCAGAAAGUGCUGCUUGAGCUGCCGUUCUUGGUGGAUAUUUUUGCGACGAUCGCUGCCGAGCAGCUUGUCAAGCGCGCGUAUCCGGCGAUCACGCUGCUGCGUGCGCUGUCGCUAAUGUCGAGUAUUGCUCAGGGGAGUUUUGUGCCGGAUGACGUGGCGUUGCGUGACCAGAAUGAGCGCAUGGCGGCUGUGGAUGGACAGUUGCCGAAGCUGCAGCUAGAGAACACUUCGCUGGCUGUGCUGGACGAGCCGAUUGUUCAGCCUGGAGACUGGCUGACGCUGCAGACUACCCUGCAACGACGUCACGUUAAAGAAAACGAUACGGCGCCACUGGCUGCUACGUUUUACGAUCACGUGGACCCUAAGAGUCCAUUUCGUAAGGAGCAUGUAUGGUUCCUUGUCAUGGACAAGGGAACGGGUCGGCUCUACUCGGCUUGGAAGUGUAUAGACCUGUCUCAGCGUGUCGUGCUGAAAGAAGGUUUCCUGGGACCUGAGACUCCAGGGAAGUACGAGUUGGAGGUGCGCGUGGUGUGUCCGGCGUAUCUGGACGUGCAGUCGAAGGUUUUGCUGCCACUUGUCGUGGAGACGUCGUAG